AUGCCAAGCGGCGGCGAACUGGUUGCUGGCCCUGCAAAGUAUGGCAUCAGGUUGCUCUGGCGCGAAGAAGCCCUCUCUAGAGGUAUAGCUUUCGGUCGAUCAGGCUUGUGGUCCAAGAGCGGGGGAAUAUCGGAUCAGAGGCACUCUAACUUCAAUCAUGACUGGCCUUUGAGAUCCCAGAAUGAGCGAGUUGAUGGCCUAGCUCUCCCGACUCACGAAUGGAUGUUCUUGAACACCACGUGCCAGGACUUCAAACGCAAGCUAGAGGCAGGUGGCGUUCGGAAUGAUUCGACGUUGGACGAGGCUUCAGAUUACGCACCAUCCUGCCCGUUGCCGGCCUUUGCGGCAUUCGCCGCUCCCUGUAUCCAGAAAGGACAUUUCUCGGAACCUGAAGAUCCUCUGGCCGCAACUCCUCAAAUCCUGUUCAGAAAUAACCUAAGCUUGGAUGAUGUCCGAGGUGUCAGCAUGUUCAAAGAGAGUGAUUCUGGCGUGUCGUUGCUUACGCCGAGGAACCAGACUCAGAUAUCAUCAUGGAGUAACCGGACAUUCAGUUGGCCCAUCGCCCGAAACCCGUCUCCCCUCGCUCUAGGAGACAACGAGAUCUACUUACUGGACUACUUCACCCAUGGAGUCAGCCCCCGAUGCACAACCUGGCCUGCAGACAAUCCCUUUGCAAGAACCAUGUUGCCUAUUUGCAUGUCCGGUCCGAACAAGCCGCUCUUUAACAUUGUCAUCGCGGUUGCGUCGCAUCAGCUCUCGCUACUCAACGAUACCCGCUUCAGGAAAGAUAUCUGGAUUUACAGGGGAAAGGCACUUCGCGCAUUUCAGGCCGAGAUGGGUCGGCUCCAGAGCGGACGAGAGUGCUCUGUGGACUGGGAGCAGGUCAUCUCCACGCUCGUGAUGCUUACCUUUUUUGAUAAGGAACUGUACAAGUUCUUCUUUGCCUACUUUGCUCAGCACGAGGCUUUGUCGCGCACGACCUCGGCCCUAUCUGACCCUCAUGAUGGCCAGCCAAUGCAAUGGUUCCCACCUGAGCUUGACAUUGAUAUGACCAUCAUCGAUUCGCUGCUGGGGUGCUCGCACGAGCUGAUAUACUUGAUCUCUAGUAUUUCGGAUCUUGCCACUAGAAAGCAAUCUCAAACGUAUGGUUCUCGCGACCAAGUAUUGGAGGCUGCAGACGGCGUUAAACAAGAACACCCCGCAGCCCUCAAGGAACACCGCGACAGCAUCGAAAGGCAGCUCCACGCUCUGAUACAACAUCUGCCGCCUGAUAAACCAGAUCUACCAGGCUAUGCUACUCACGGCUCGAGCACCAUAGAGGAGCUUGCCUACAUUGCCGAGACUCGCCGUCUAUCCGCCCUGAUCUAUCUAUAUUUCAGGAUCGAUGGGUUAUCUCCCGGCCACUCGCCAAUCAGUCGCAUAACGGGACAGAUCCUUGCUCUCAUCCCGAAAAUAUCUCUUCGAUCUCAUGCCCUGCUCUGGACACUAUUCAUUGUAGGCACGAUGGGUAUCGGCCAAGGUGACGGUGAUCCAGGCAGGAAGUUCAUCCUCGAGAGAUUGGUCAGCCUACAACGUACUCGUGAGCUAGAAAAUGUGAGAAUAGCGAGAGAGGUUGUGGAGGCAGUUUGGAAGAUCAGGGACUCGAGAGGACCGGAAUAUGUAUCAGGGACUCGAGAGGACCGGAAUAUGUCGGCGGCUGGGGAGACAUUGUUGAUGCUGGAGGUGAGGGUCUGA